AUGGGGAAUGGAUCUUCCGCAUACCAGAUCCUGGAGUCACCCAGUGGAAAAAACACUGCUGGCUUCCUGCCUAUUCCAGACGCCUUUGAAUGGCCACUCCGCUUGCUGGAUCGCUACUCUCUAUCUCUCGAGCAAGCCUUUUCCGAACCUUUUCCAGAUCCAAAAAUGUCAUUUUACAGGCGGAAGCAAGACGUUCUGCGCUGGGUGUUCAAAGUUCUGACACUUUUAUUUUUCAAGUCAUUUGAUAAGAAUCAGCUAGGGGGACGCUCGCCCGGCUCCAGCAUCGGGUGCGACCCCACUGCCCGCCGGUCCCUCGUUCCUGCUCAGUUGCAGCUCCCCACCCAUAGCUGUCCACUUUCCCCUUUUCUCGCGAGGAAUCCUAUUCGGAAUAAGGGAAUUUCCCUUAAAAAAAGGGAAACGCUGACAGCUAUUUCCCCACCUUUAGCACAGAUGAACUGGAUUUUCUUUUGCCCCACCGUGCAAUGCUGGCUCCAGCCCCUGGACCCUCACCUCCCCCGGAAAAGGGGCCAUAGCUCGAACCGGGUCCUUUAA